UGCUUGUAAACAUUUGAGAGAAUAUCGGCUUGCAAAGCAUUUUGCCUCCGUUGCGCGGCUUUCCGAAGUUUAUCGGCCAAAAAACCGGAGUUCUAGAAUCUGAUUGACUAUUCUCAGGAAACAAUGUUUUAUCACAUUUCAUUAGAACAUGAAAUUUUGCUGCACCCGCGGUACUUCGGACCUCAGCUGAUGGAAACGGUUAAACAGAAGCUGUACACGGAAGUGGAAGGCACCUGUACCGGCAAGUAUGGUUUCGUGAUAGCGGUCACAACGAUAGAUGACAUCGGUUCCGGUGUUAUACUUCCGGGCCAAGGAUUCGUGGUGUAUCCGGUCAAAUACAAGGCCAUCGUGUUUCGACCGUUCAAGGGCGAAGUGCUGGAUGCCGUCGUAACGCAGGUCAACAAAGUAGGCAUGUUUGCCGAAAUCGGGCCGCUGUCCUGCUUCAUCUCGCACCACUCCAUUCCGGCCGAUGUUCAGUUCUGUCCCACAGCCAACCCUCCGUGCUACCGCUCCAAGGACGAAGAAAUAGUCAUCGCGCUGGAGGAUAAGAUUCGGCUCAAAAUAGUUGGAACGAGGGUGGAUGCAACGGGCAUUUUCGCUAUCGGAACUCUUAUGGAUGAUUUCCUGGGUCUAGCCGGUAGCUAGAUUGUAUUUUUGAGCGAAAAAAAAAACUAUUUUUAACAUAAUUUUUUUAAAUCAUGAUUAUGAGACCAUUGCUUUAGGCGGAAAUACAUAACGCUUGAAGCAAAAUUA